UUAAGUGUGGUAUGGUGAGGAAGUUGCUACAAGAUAUAGACAAAUGCAAAGGGAAGUUGACACAAGACAACAGCAGCACACAACUCAUGUCCUUUCUUUUGCAACAGCUAAAACGCAGAUCAGAGAGAUACUUUAUCACACACCAAAGUAUGCAAGAAAAUAAAGGCUGUUAGUGACGUAAAGGAAACAUUUAUUCUUGUGGCCAAAGGAACCUAAUUUUAACUUCGUUGGCAGUUUCAUCUUGGCCACAGAGCAGUGACUGGUGUAAGAGACUACAGGUUUUCACAGUCAGCGCUCACAAGCAUGGAGGUCAUCUUCAAAGAGGGAAUGCUGUACCUUCAAGCUGUCAAAUUUGGAAAAAAAACAUGGCGGAAAAUGUGGAUGGUGCUUUAUAAACCCAGCUCUCAGGGGGUUGGCCGAUUGGAGUUCUAUGCUCUAGCUGACAGCAGCUGUGUUACCGAGCAGAAAAGGAUGUGCCGACAGAAAACACCAGAAAGAAAAGUCGUGCGUCUAAUUGACUGUCUCAGUGUCACGUUUGCACCAAAGGAGUCUUGCCCGGCUGGCUGCACGGCCUUCUACCUAAACACCACACAGUCAACCUACAUCUUAGCCUCCACAUCAAGCCAGGACUGGGUGAAUGCCCUCUGUCAUCUAGCCUUCCAGAAGGAUCCUGGAGAAUCAGACAAAGGGGAUUUUGAGCAAGAUAAUGGCUUGACCAUGGCGGACAAUGAUCUUUACGCAUCUUGGAAAAGCGAGCUGACGCUUCCUCCAAACCAGUACCAAGUAACCAUCCAGAGCACAGAGGUGUCCAAGAGGUGCAAGCUGUCUGGGAAGUACCUGGUCUCCAUAGAAGGGGAGGCAAUAGAGCUGCUGGACAUGAGAACUCGUUACAUCAUCUUCGACUGGCCAUACAAGCUCCUACGCAAAUUUGGUCAGAUUGAGGGGGGAUUCAGCAUCGAAGCAGGCCGUCGCUGCAAGUCGGGACAAGGCGUGUUCAUGUUUCUGACCCAGCAUGGUCCCCAGAUCUUUCAGACUAUAUCUAAGCAGUGCACAGUGGAGAGGAAUACAGCAGUGCAGCCUCCCAGUGCCAACAGAAGAUCACUAAUUGACCCGUUUCCUGCUCCCCCGCCUGCCACAGCUCACUCUUUCGUCGACCCUUCCAUCUACAGUUUUCCAGAUGUUUCAGCCGACACAGAGGACAAGUUUACCGGCGAUUACCCCAUUUAUGACGACCCUGUGCAGCAGAUAAAACAGCUAUCACUCAAGCCUCCUCUCUUGGGCAGCAACGAGGCUGUGGCAGAGGAAUCUGAGGAUGAGGAUGAGCAGGAAUGGUGCUAUUCCCUGGAGGCUCUAAAUCUGGAUAACAAUAUUGAGGACAGCAUUUACUGCAACUUACCGAGAGGCACGCCUCCUUUGAUGAGAAAAGCCGAGGCAGAUAAUUCAGAUUGCAUUUAUUCAGGGAUAAAAAAAGUCAAUUCUCUGACAAAUCUUCAGCAGGAGCCUUCCUAUCCCCCCUUACCAUUGCCUGUACCCCCACCUCCUCCCUUAUCAUCCGCUUACUCCUUAGCCAAACCCCAAAACCAGCAUGCGCUCCCUGUGAAUAACUCCUUCCAGCCAGAAUACAAUACACAAGCAGACUACGAUGAAGACGAUUUGAAUGAGACUGAGGAGGCCAAUAGCUCCUCUGCUCAAGUUACCCCCUCAGAGGUGCCUGGCAGUUUUAAACACAGGCUGGCAGAAAUCAUUUCUAAGGACUUGGCAAAGUUCCAGCCUCCUCUUCCCUACGGAGCAAGCAGCCUCACAUUUUCUCAGUAGACUAUCAGUUAACAGA